UUUCUGCCCUGUUCUUAUACUUAUAUAUGCUCGCUUCUUCAACUAAUCCGAAGAUGUUAGUUUUUUGAAAGCACAUGGAGAAAAAGAUGAUUCUGCUCUUUGCUUAUUUGCUCUUUUUUACCAUGUUUUCAGGUAUUAGCUUUUCAGGGAUAACGACAGAGAAUCCUUUGGCAAUAGGACAAACUCUCAGCUCAUCUAAUGAUGUUUAUGAACUGGGGUUCUUCAGUCCUAAUAACACCCAGAAUCAGUAUGUUGGAAUAUGGUUCAAGGGCAUCAUUCCCCGGGUGGUUGUGUGGGUGGCCAAUAGAGAAAAGCCUGUUACAGACUCCACAGCACAUCUAGCUAUCAACAAAAAUGGGAGCCUUCUAUUAUUAGAUGGAAAACAAGGGGUUGUGUGGUCCACCAGAGAAUCUUCAGUAUCUACCGGGUCUCGUGCAGAGCUUUCAGACGAAGGAGACCUUAUUGUCACCGACAAUGUUUCAGGAAGAACGCUAUGGGAAAGCUUUGAGAAUCUUGGUGACACUCUGCUACCUUCCUCUCCCUUGACGUAUAAUCUAGCCACCGGUGAGAAGCGUGUAUUGACCUCUUGGAAAAGUUACACCGACCCAUCUCCUGGUGACUUUGUGGUUCGGAUUACACCGCAAGUGCCAUCACAGCUGUUUACUAUGAGAGGCUCGACGCCUUACUAUAGAACAGGUCCAUGGGCUAAAAGGUUCUCCGGGAUACCACUGAUGGAUGAAACAUUAGCAAGCCCAUUUAGCUUUCAGCAGGAUGCAAACGGGUCAGGGUCUUUCUCUUACGUAGACCGAAGCUCAAAGCUUUCACGUCUGCUUAUAACAUCAGAGGGCACUCUGAAGAGGUUUCGGCAUGUUGGGACAGAAUGGGAAGUAAGCUAUCAGGCUCCAGCAAAUCCAUGUGAUGUUUACGGUGUAUGCGGACCGUUUGGGCUGUGCAUAACGUCAGCUUCUCCAAAGUGUAAAUGCUUCAAAGGGUUUGUACCAAAAUAUAGUGAGGAGUGGAAUAGAGGAAACUGGAGUGGUGGUUGUGUAAGGCGUACUGAACUAGAUUGUCAAGGGAACUCGACUGGCAAAGUUGCAAACGUGUUCCAUUCUGUUGCUAACAUAAAGCCUCCGGACUUUUACACGUUUUUGAGUACAGUGGAUGCUAAAGACUGCUACCAAAGUUGCCUCCACAACUGUUCGUGCUUAGCCUUUGCUUAUAUUCGUGGAAUUGGGUGCUUAAUUUGGAAUCAAGAUCUAAUAGAUGUAAUGCAGUUUUCUGCCGGAGGAGAGCUUCUUUCUAUUCGUCUUGCACGCUCUGAACUAAAAAGUGGAAGUAAUGGCAAGAAAAAAAUUGUUGCCAUUGCUGUUAGCCUUUCCCUCUUUGUGAUAGUGGGCUCUGCUGCGUAUGGUUUACGUAGAUGCAAAGUGAAAGAUAAUGCUAUUAUGUCAAAGGAUGCCUCACAAGAUGAAUGGAGGAAAGGUCCGAAACCACAAGAUGUCCCAGGUUUAAAUUUCUUUCAGAUGAAUACCAUAGGAACUGCCACCAAUAAUUUCAGUCUGUCUAAUAAACUCGGACAAGGUGGAUUUGGUUCAGUUUACAAGGGAAAGCUGCAGGAUGGGAAAGAAAUUGCUGUCAAACGGCUCUCUAGCAGCUCGGGGCAGGGCAAAGAAGAGUUUAUGAAUGAAAUAGUACUCAUCUCAAAACUACAACACAAAAACUUAGUUCGGAUUUUGGGAUGUUGCAUUGAAGGGGAAGAGAGGCUAUUGAUUUAUGAGUUCAUGUUGAACAAAAGCCUUGACACUUUUCUCUUUGAUUCAAGAAAAAGGCUUGAGAUUGACUGGCCUAAGAGAUUCAAUAUCAUCCAAGGUAUUGCGCGUGGACUUCUCUAUCUCCACCGUGACUCACGCCUCAAGGUCAUUCACCGAGACCUGAAGGUAAGCAAUAUUCUUUUGGAUGAGAAGAUGAACCCAAAAAUAUCAGAUUUUGGAUUGGCUCGGAUGUAUCAGGGAACCGAAUAUCAGGACAACACUCGCCGUAUUGUAGGAACUUUAGGAUAUAUGGCACCUGAGUAUGCAUGGACUGGUAUGUUCUCUGAGAAGUCAGACAUCUACAGCUUCGGAGUUCUAUUGUUAGAAAUCAUCAGCGGAGAGAAAAUCUCAAGAUUUAGCUAUGGCGAAGAAGGAAAAACCCUUCUUGCAUAUGCAUGGGAAUCUUGGUGUGAAAAUGGAGGAAUUGAUCUUUUGGAUAAAGAUGUUGCUAACUCAUGUCAGCCACUAGAAGUUAAGAGAUGUGUUCAGAUUGGUCUGCUCUGUGUACAACACGAACCUGCAGACAGACCCAACACACUUGAGUUGCUGUCUAUGCUCACCACUACAUCAGACCUUCAAUCACCAGAACAACCCACAUUUUCACUGCACAGGAGAGAUGACAGAUACUUGUGUAAGGGUUUGAGCACUGUCAGUGAGAUAACACAAUCUGCGAUCCUUGGGCGUUAAGAAACGAUGUGUCAGUAAAAAAUGUAUUAAAGUGAUCUUGUUUUUCAAUGUUAGUAACUUCAACAUCAUCACAUUCGUUCAUUUAUUUAAUACGUUUUUUGGAAUAACUUUUUUUUGAUCAAAAAUU